CGAUCCAUGACGGGCCGCAGCGUGCUGCGUGCGCAUGCGCGGAGGGAGGCGGCGGCACCUGGCGGAGGGCACCAGCAUCAGCCGGCGGCGGCAGCGGCGCACCAGGCUCGUGAGCAGCAGUCGCGGCACGGUCGCAAACUGAGCAACAUGGACUACUACGGCGCCGUGGCGCUCGUCUCCGGAUGGGCCUGUCUGCUUUACUGGAACACGCUGGACGCGGACUUCGCCUACGAUGACAGCCGCUGCCAUCCGGAGCAACCAGGACCUGCUUCCGAGCUCUCCGCUGGCUUCGCUGUUCCGCAACGACUUCUGGGGCACGCCGCUGACGCACAGCGGCAGCCACAAGUCGUACCGGCCGCUGUGCGUGCUCUCCUUCCGGCUCAACUACCUGCUCGGGGGCUACGAGCCGCGCGGAUACCACCUGCUCAACGUGCUGCUCCACGGCCUCGUCUCGGCUCUGUUCACGGCCCUGGCAGCGCGCCUCUUCCUCAACCAGUGGCUGCCCACGCUGAUCGCCGGCUUCCUCUUUGCCUCGCACCCCGUGCACACCGAGGCCGUGGCCGGCAUCGUGGGGACGCGCCGACGUGGGCGCCUGCCUAUUCUUCCUGGGCUCGCUGUUGGCGUACGUGCAGUACUGCAAGUACCGCGACAAGGAGGUCCACGCCGAGCGGCGAUGGGCGCCGCUGUACGCGUCGCUGGCGCUUGCCGGAUGCUCCAUGCUCACCAAGGAGCACGGCAUCACGGUGCUGGGAGUGUGCGCCGUCUACGACGUGUUCGUCAACCACAAGGUGGCCCCUAGAGACCUGCCUUCGCUGCUCGUUAGCAAGCGGCACCCAGGCCUGUGGGAGGGCCUCCUGCACCUGUGCUUCGCGGGCGUCACGUUGAUCGGCCUGAGGUUGCACCUGAUGGGCGCCCGGGCGCCGGACUUCGCGCCGGCCGACAACCCGGCCGCCGACAGCGACAGCUUCCUCACGCGCACCCUCACGUUCCUGUACUUGCCGGCGUUCAACUUCUGGCUCCUGCUUUGUCCGCGCUGGCUCAGCUUCGACUGGUCCAUGGAGGCCAUCCCGCUCGUGCAGAGCCUGGCCGACGCGCGCAACCUGUUGAGCGCCGCCUUCUACGGCGGCCUCUUCCACCUGGUCGCCUUCCUCGUGCGACUGGCAAACUGGCGACGCGGCGCACCGCCCUGCCACUGCAGUGCCUUCCAGCCCAAGCCGCCGUCGCUGCUCGCCCUGUCCGGCGGCGGCAAGUCGUACGGCAAGCGCUUCUCCAACAACAACAACUGCAACACCUACAGCAACGGCCUGGUCUCCUCCUGGAGCUGUGGCAGUUGCUCGUCGGCCUCAUCCUCGUCGUCCGAGUGCUCCGAGUCGACGAACGGUGGUGGAGGCGGUCCCGCGGUCGCCAGCGCCCUGUCGAACCAGCAGCUGGACGCCACGGUUCUCGCGCUGGCCCUGAUGGUGCUGCCGUUCGUGCCGGCGACGAACUUGUUUUUCUACGUGGGGUUCGUGGUCGCCGAGCGCGUGUUGUACGUGCCCUCGAUGGGCUACUGCCUGCUGGUCGCCGUGGGCGCCGACCAGCUGUGCGGAUUCGCCCGGCGCGCGGCGCGUCAUGGACACGGUAGUGCUGGCAGCCACAGCAGCAACAACGGCGAGACGCUGCGUAAGCUGGUGCUCGCGUCGCUCGUGGCGCUCGUUCUGGUGCUCUCGCUGAGGACAGUGCGCCGGAACAGGGACUGGCUCACUGAGGAGGACCUCUACCGGUCGGGCAUCCACAUCAACCCGCCAAAGUCGUACGGCAAUUUAGCCAACAUCCUCAGCGCGCACGGCAAGAAGGGCGAGGCUGAAUGGGCGUACAAGAAGGCUCUCACCUAUCGCUCCAACAUGGCGGACGUGCACUACAACCUGGGAAUUCUCCUACAGGAGCAGAACCGGCUGGAAGAAGCCCUUCAGAGCUACAAACUUGCCAUCCAAUUCAGGCCGAGGCUUGCAAUGGCACACCUGAACAUGGGCCUGGUCCUUGGCAUCAUGGGCAGGAAAGAGGAAGCCAUUGAGGUUUACAGGCACUGCGCCCAGUUGGACAGCGCAGGUCUCAAGGACCCCAAGACUAUCGAGAGCACCAAGAUCUCGGCCCUCUUCAACCUUGGUAGGCUCUACGCCGACGAAGGGAAAUACAAGGAGGCGAUCAGAGUUUACCAAGAAGCGGUUGCUAAGAUGCCGGAUCAUUAUCAGCCGCAGUCCCUCUACAAUAUGAUGGGUGAAGCGUACUUCAAGCUCGGGGACUUUUUCGAGGCCGAGCGAUGGUAUAAGGAAGCACUCAAGGCUAAGCACGACCACAUACCGGCGCAUCUGACGUACGCGAAGCUCUUAUCGAAAUUGAACAGGCCCACGGAAGCGGAGCAGUGGUUCCUUCGUGCUAAAGGCCUAGCUCCGAACGACUCCAGUGUGUACCAGCACUACGGCCAGUUCCUGUCCGAGUCUGACCGGCAUAUGGAGGCCGCCGAACUUUACCUGCGGGCGGCAGCACUCGCGCCGGAUGAAUACGAGAUCAUCUUCAACGCUGCUAACACGCUGAGGCAAGCCGGGCGGAAUGCUGAGGCCGAGGCGUUCUACCAUACAGCAGUGAAACUUCGACCUAGUGAGGUCACGAGUCACAUGAACCUCGGCGCCAUGUUGCACGUCAACGGGAAGCUGCUCGAGGCAGAGGCGAGCUACUUGGAGGCGCUCCGGUUGAAGCCCGACGACCCCAUCACGCAGAACAACCUGCAGAAGCUUCGAAACUUGCUCGCCCAGAAAGGGCUACGGGCUGCUGCAACCACUACCACCAUAGUCAACAACCGGCGGUAGCGGCGUCCGCGAAUGUCUGCACGGUAUGGAAAGAAAAGCAGCAGCGCGAGGUACCGCCGGAACCGGAAACACCUCAGCAGCGCGUGCGCGCAGUCUGACGAGACGAGCCGAUGACGCCAGGGCUACACGUACAGCCUUCCUUUCGGACACGUCCUAGCCGCUGCAAGGCUUCGUCUGCCGGAAAUUCGGCUGCUCCUCACCAAAGUCUCGUACUGGCCUCCGAGAUCGGUGGGCGCGCUCGAGCGCACGUGGAUAUCGGAGGCCACAGCUUUGUCUGCGAACCUCUCGCUCCGCCGCGAGGAUUCGCCCGAAGAACUUCUUCGCCUGAUGAAGCGUCUCUGACGGCGCGUAUCCAACGAUGCGCCUCCAGCCCCACAGACACCGUCGGUGCUGCUCCUAGACGUGUUGUUUUUCAUGCUCCGCCGGUACUUUUGUUGUUGGCAUGCCGCCUGGAGGGUAUUGUCUCUCGAAAUGCGGCAGAAGAAAAACAAAAGAAACAUUUUGUGUCCUACUAUGCUGAUCGCGAACUGACUAUCGCCGUUUGAGUGACCGUGCAGAGCCUAGUCAGUCUUAUCCUUGCUCCCCCCACCCUUUCCCGCCCUAUUAUUUAUAAUACUUUGUUGUUAUUGUGUUACACCCUCCCUCUCUCUCUCAUUUUGCCUGAAAACCAAUAGCAGCUCUGGAAGCGAGUGACGGCUUUUGCGGCGCAGUUGUUACUGCGCAAUGAGCGCCUGGAAAACGGAACUUUAGUCCCUCGUUGGCUUCUGCGUUUUUGACAGGGAAGUUUAAAAAGAAAGAAAAAAGGCAGUGCAGUGAACACGUUACUUAGUCACUUAUGUGUCUGGCCGGACUCGAUGCAGUAUGAAUCAUUUGACCCAAUUUUUUUUAGAAUGCCCUUGAGUGUGCAUACGUCGGGCUCAUUAUCGUGUUUAUGUCUCUCCCAGAAUAUCUGCUACUUGCUGCCACACUUCGUCGAUUACGUUACGAACCCACGAGAAGCAAAACAGGUCUAGUCAAAGUGCCGACGCGCCGCUGUGGCUUGUUCGCUGUAAAUUACUAGCUGGCUUGGAUGGACCUUUCUUUCCUGUGUUCGUACACACCUCGCCGUUUUUUAUAUCUAUUUUUUUCGUGUGCGUGCAAAUCCAAAGCCCACGUGUGCUCGUCGUGCUUAUUUAUGGUAAGCGUCGCGUUUAUAUAGAAAGAAAUCAUGACGUUGGAGAAUAGAGUGGCGAGAAAGAUAGAGAGAGAUUAUUAUCUUUUCCUCUCUCUUCUUCUCUGAAAAAACGGAUAGAGUAUAUAGAGAUGGGGGAGGAAAAAAAAGAGAAAUCUAUAUAUUGAGUUGUGAUAACGCGUGUUUCUCAGUUUCUCCUUUUUCUGACGCAAUCGCUUGGCGCACACGACCAAACUUUUUGCUUCCAUGUGUAGUCUGAGGGAAAAACAUAGUAUAUAUUAUAUAAAUAUAAAUAUUAUACAUAAACAUUUCUUUUUCUCUGGCACAUUCGUCGUCUUUGUGUACAGGAAAGAGGAAGCGAUGUAGAUAGAUAUGUUCGGCUACGCGUGAGCCGAUCUCAUGCAUUAAUUUGUUUUUUUUAAUGAUAGAUUUUCUUCACUGUUGAAUUCGCAAGUCCUCUCUACUUUCGACAAAAAUAAAUGAACAAAUAAAAACACCAAACGUGCUGACAA